CGACAGACAGAGCAGGGGCGGCCGCUGACGUCACGGGGCGCUGCUGCUGCUGCAGCUGGAAAGGGGGCGGAGACAAGAGGGAGGGUGAUGCCCAGCAGCAGGGUAAUAGAAAUACUCGCCCCCUGAGUUAGGAAGGGGCAAGGGGGCUGCUGUCAGACAAUGAGAGCGCGCUGGGCUGCUUUGGAGCUUCUUAUCUGCCUCUAGAGAUCCGCAACUGGGGAAGCAUCGCGCAGGGAUCCGGGGGAAGUGGCACUGGCACACACGGGCUGUAUAAAUGGACACUGACAUGGAUUACGAAAGGCCCAACGUUGAAACCAUAAAGUGCGUGGUGGUGGGAGAUAACGCAGUCGGGAAGACCCGUCUCAUCUGCGCGAGAGCGUGUAAUACCACCUUAACCCAGUACCAGCUGCUGGCCACUCACGUCCCUACAGUAUGGGCAAUAGAUCAGUAUCGAGUCUGCCAGGAGGUCCUUGAACGCUCUCGGGAUGUCGUGGACGAAGUGAGCGUCUCUCUUAGGCUGUGGGACACUUUUGGCGAUCACCACAAGGACAGACGCUUUGCUUACGGAAGGUCGGACGUUGUUGUCUUGUGCUUUUCGAUCGCCAAUCCCAACUCCUUGAACCAUGUGAAAACCAUGUGGGCUCAGGAGAUAAAGCAUUUCUGUCCCCGUACACCGGUCAUUCUGGUGGGGUGCCAGCUGGACCUGCGAUAUGCCGACCUCGAAGCUGUCAAUCGGGCUAGGCGGCCGUUAGCCAGGCCUAUAAAAAGAGGAGAUAUUUUGCCACCAGAAAGAGGACGGGAAGUGGCCAAGGAGCUGGGGAUACCCUACUUUGAAACAAGCGUAUUUGACCAGUUUGGCAUUAAGGAUGUAUUUGACAAUGCCAUCAGGGCGGCGUUAAUUUCAAGGCGGCACCUCCAGUUUUGGAAAUCACAUCUGAAGAAGGUUCAGAGACCCUUACUACAAGCUCCGUUCCUUCCUCCUAAAGCACCGCCGCCAGUUAUUAAAAUCCCUGAGACCCCUUCUGCCAGUAUGAACGAUGCUGGCGACUUGCUGGACAAUCCUUUGUGUUCCGAUGUCUUAUUUGUCCUGCAGGACCAAAAAAAGAUUUUUGCUCAUAAAAUUUACCUUGCUACCUCCUCUUCAAAGUUCUACGAUCUCUUUUUAAUGGAACACGAAGAGUCCCGCCAUUCCUCCGACAGGUAUUGCAAGAAGCUCAACAAGGACUUGCUAAUGAGGACCUUAAGCCUAGAUACAGAUGAGGACAGUGAUGUGGCUAAUUUGAACCCAACAAAUUCCUGUCUACGGACAUCAAGGAGCGAUGACACUUUGCUUACGACGGACUUUGGUGAGGACGGGUGCGUCUCUUUGUCUUCUUGGAGUAAAGGGUUCCACAGCUUGCACCAAGAGUUGACGGUCAAUCCCAUAUCAAACAGAACUUGUCCAAUGACCGUCAUACGAAUGGAUUCCUCUAUUCAGUAUGGGCCCUUCAGAACCGUCUUACGGUUCCUCUACACGGGGCAGCUGGAUGAAAAUGAAAAGGGUUUAAUGCGAGUGGCACAGAUUGCCGAGAUCCUGGAAGUCUUUGACCUGCGCAUGAUGGUGGAAAAUAUAACAAAUAAAGAAGCCUUUAUGAACCAGGAAAUCACGAAAGCAUUCCAUGUCCGAAAAGCUAAUAGAAUAAAGGAGUGUCUUUCAAAAGCGACCUUUUCUGAUGUGACGUUUAAGUUGGACGAUGGCAGCAUCAGCGCCCAUAAACCACUUCUAAUCUGCAGUUGCGAAUGGAUGUCCGCCAUGUUCGGGGGCUCGUUUAUAGAGAGCUCGAACGAUGAGGUUGAUCUUCCCAAUGUGAGCAAAGCAUCCAUGCAAGCCAUUCUCGAUUACCUAUAUACCAAGCAGCUGACGUGCACGCCCGAAAUGGACCCACUUGAGGUGAUCGCAGUGGCCAACAGAAUGUGCCUUCCUCACCUUGUGGCACUUACAGAACAACACGCAGUCCAGGAAUUGACCAAGGCUGCGGUCGGCGGCACUGAUAUCGACUACGAAGUGCUCACUUACCUGGAACUUGCUCAGUUCCACAAUGCGCAUCAGCUGGCAGCCUGGUGUUUACAUCACAUCUGCACCAAUUACAACAGCGUUUGCGCCAAGUUCCGCAAGGAGAUUAAAGCUAAAUCUCCAGAAAAUCAGGAAUAUUUCGAGACACACCGCUGGCCUCCCGUAUGGUACCUGAAAGAAGAAGACCACUACCAACGGGUGAACAAAGAAAGGGAGAAGGAAGAUCACGCGCUGCAUAAACAUCGCUCCAAGCGCAAGUGGUGCUUCUGGAAUUCCUCUUCGGCGGCGUUUGCCUGAGCGAGAACGUUCUUACAGACUCCAAACGAAACACUUGUAAAUUGUUCCCGUGUCUUAAACACUCAGAACGACGCUGUACAAUAAUUCGGUUUCAAGCACUGAUUUGAACCCAUACCUUCUCUGGAUCAAAGCACAAUUUCCAGUCAACGGAUCGCAACCCACUCGCAUGAUCUGGACUGCGGACUUCCCGUUAAUUGAGGAGCGAGUUUUCCGAAAUCACGUGCAGCUACUUAAAAUAUGCUCAACACUAAAUACAGGGAUACCUAUCGCGGGAGGAAGGACUCCCCUCCAAUGUAACAUAAACCUCCGACAAAAGCCAAUACAGCAAUCCAUGCUCUCUGUCCUCAAGCUCUGCACCAACUGUUCCGACUGUGUACGGAUCAAAGUCCAUAGUGACGUCCAACAGUAUUGUCUUAGCCAUGGAAAGGUCGACAAUCACGUUUAACAACUGUGUAUGUUAUGUCACAGAGUAAAAAAAAAAAAUCAGCAAAUUGUUACAUUCAGGUACUUUAUUCUGCACUGUCGGGAUGCAAGCUAUUUUGGAUGCAACACAAUGCAGAGAAACAGGGGGUGAUCACCUUUUGUAUCGGGGAUGUCAAACCACUCUGCUAUAACUCCCAGCAUUCUUGUCAACUACAACUCCCAGCAUUCUUAGCCCACAGCUGUAAGAGGGUGCUGAGAAUUUAUAGCUCACUACAGCAGGUUUGGAUCCUUAUUACUUUGUUUUACAAAGCCUCCGUCACUCACUUUUUUUCCUCCCAAAUUCUUAUUUAUUCUAAAUCUAUAAUCUGCAAUCUGUCAUGUUUUCAUGAUAUAAUAAUAAUGAUCUAAAAAUUCAUUAAAUAUCCAUUAAAGUCGAUAGGGCAUUAUUACAGUUAGGACAGUUCAACUUUAAAGGGGCAAUAUACCCUGUUUGUUUAGCAUGAGCUUAAGGAAUGGGGCUUGUGCUGAAAAUAUUUUUUAAUGGUUAUAUUUUGCACUAAAUAGGGCAAAACUGGGAGUGUUUUUACAACUUCCUGGUUCUUAAGAGCAAAUGUGGAAGCUGAAGGCAGUUAAUCAAAAUACCAGUAUAUAAUGAACAGCUGCUUCUCU